AUGGAUGAUACUUACCCGUCCAUUAACGCACCCAUGGAGGACAAAGCUGUGCUCACAUACGUCUGCCCUGACCCCGCGCAUCUGUGGACUCUAGCAGGCUUAGAACUGAUGGAGGUUCUGGAGAGGAUGGGCGAGCGGGUGGCGGCCAUGGGGCUCAAGUGCGGCGAGAGGCGGCUGCACCAGCUGGCGAACGUGUUUGGGGAGAUGCGGCACCCCGAAACCGUCUUCUCCCACUUCAGACUCGACGCCCACGGGCAGGAAACGCUCUUCUGCUUCAUGCAGGAGGAGGUGGAGAAGCUGGGGGAUGUGCGCAACUGCAUGGAACGACUCAACACCCUGCGCUCGCUGCUCAGAAAGAAGAAGCCUGCGCCCGCCACAAGCCUUCUCUCUGAGCUGCAAGCCGCCUCAGCUGAUGCGCUGGCGGAUGGAGAGGGCAAGGAGGAGGCAGAGAAGGAGGGCGACUCGUCCUCAUGGAUGCCUCGCUGCGACCUGCCAGGGGCUGAGGAGAUUCUCAAACUGACGGCGACCAUAUCAGAGCUGCAGAGCCGGUGCCUGUGGUCUGUAGAGCUGGACCAUGUCGUGCGGCUGCUGGUGCUGGCGAUCAUCCUGCUGAGGGACAGAAUCAUCUCAGUCUUUGCCAUCAACGCCCGCUCCUCCGAUGCCUUGACUCGCGAGGGCUCCCUGGGUCGUGCUGGGCUGGCGCUGCGCUACGCCAAGGUCAUCAACCUGGCGGAGAAGCUCAUGAAGUACCCCUUCAUGGCUGCUGGGAGUACAAGAGACGAGCUGGACGAGCUGUACGGCCUGCUGACCUCGCCCUGCGGCUAUCCCAGCUUUAGCUUCGCUCCUUGUUUCCCCUCCUGCACCUCUUACUCUUGUCUCUCCCCGUCCAGAGAUGAGCUGUAUGGCCUCCUGACCUACAGCACCAAGAAGGACCUCGCCCUGCGGCUAUCCCGGCCUGUGACCUCCUCCAAGAGCAAAGAGACCAAGGCAGAAGAAACAACCAGCCCGCAAACCAGCAAGGGCGCUGGCAAGAACGCUGAGAAGGGAAAGGACGGGGAGGAGGAUGAGGAGGAUGACGAUGAUGAUGGGUUUACUUGGUUGAAAAAACCUAGUCCGUUGAAUGACCCACGCUGUUUGGGUGGGAAGGGAGGAGGGGGGAACGGCGGGGAGGAGGAGGACGACGAGGAUAUGGAGGAGUGGGAGAGGCGAAUGAGAAAGGCGUUGAGUCUGCUGCCUCUGCUGGCGCAGCACACGAUUGCAUGGAACGAUGCCAUCACUGUGAAGCCAUCUUCAAACCGCAAGGCCACACGCCUGCUGAGAGUUCAGACCCUGUACCAUGCGCAGAAGGCAGUGAUCGAUGCCUCUCUCCUGGAUGCACUGGAGGGAGUCUCCCGUCUCGUCGCCUCCGAUGCCUCCAACCUCACGCAGCUCAACUCCCGCAAGAUGGAAGCCAUGGCUGCCGAGGCCCGGAAAAAGCUCGACAAGACCUCCGCGGAUUCCAAAAAGCCCCGCGUGGUCAUGAUUUCGGGGAUCUUCAAGCCCAAGCGCGCCGCUGCAGGGAUCGUUCACGGCGCGCCGCUGCCCAUGGUGUUUGAGCCGGCGACAGAGGUGGGGAAGGUGACGGAGAAAGGGAAAGCCCCGGAGCUGUCGCCGAGGGGUGCUGUGCCGCUGUCACCCACUGGGGCGUCUGCUGCUGAGCCUGCUGCGAGCUUUCUGGUGAAAUCUGGGUCGGUUUCAGCUCCCAGGUCGGUUUCUCCUGCUCCUGCUCCUGCUGGUGCUGCUGCUGCUGCUGCUGCUGCUGGUGCGGCCUCUGCUCGGACAAGGUUUCCCACAUCGGCAUCUGUCUCUGUUGCUGGUUCUUCUGCUUCUCCCUACAGGUCAUCUGACUUGUCCCAGAAAUCCCUCCGCCCUCUCCCUGCACUACCAGCAGCAGCUGAUGCAUCCACCCCAGGCCAAACCGCAGCUCUGCCCUCUCCCUCUCUCCUCGCUCAGUCUCUGCUCUCCACCUCCUCUCUACCAUCUUCUCAGUUAUCUUCACUCGAAGCCGUUCCUCCUCUGCCUCCUCCCCCUUCCGCGACACUCCCCACCACACCACCUGACAGCCUCGGCUCCCCUAAAAGCCCUCUGAAACCCCGACCUCCCUCACAGCCCCCCGUGCGCCCCCCUUUCCGUGGCUCGGCCGCUAAUAGCGUGGACUUAUCUGUGGGAGGUGACAACCCGAGGUCCCCCAGGGGGUUUGUUCGGGCUGUGGCUGAGGCGUCAGGGGAUUCUGCUGGGGCUGGGAAUCUGGAUGGGCCGCCGCGGUCCCCACGUGCGUAUGUGCACUUUGCUGAUCCACCUGCUGGUUUGGGUGGUGAAUGCAGUGGAAGUAGCAGCAGUGGGAGUGGGGAUAGGGCCGAAGCAGCAGCAGUAGGUGGAUUUAGGGAAGGUGCAACCAGGGACGGUUCAUCUAGCCCAGCAUCCCCCCACGGCCUUUCUAGACUCAGCCCUAGCACCCCCCCCAACAGCAACACCACAGACAACAGCCAUGCCAACCGCCCUGUGAGCCCUCUCGGCCAAUCACAUCGCUCCACACCCUCCAUUACAAUCAUACCACCGUCUCACAGCCGAGUGUCAUCCACGUUCCGCGCGCCCGUCCCCCCCGCCCUCCUGUCGCCCACGUGUGUAAUCUACGAUGCCACUCCCAAGUCCCCGGCGCCUGUGGCGAGCUUGCAGCGGCUCAACGCGAGAAAGGAGACGCGCGACGAGCCGUUUGUCACCACUGAGGGGCUGCUAGCACAGGCACAGGCAGAGGCAGAGGCAGAGGCCCUGAAAGCACAGGCCUUGAAAGCACAAGCCAUGCAAGCACAGGCAGAGGUUGUGAAAGCACAUGCCUUGAAAGUUCAGGCCCUGAAAGCACAAGCACAGGCUGUGAAAGCACAGGAAGAGGCAGAUGUGCAGGCAAAGGCUGUUCCACAGCUGCAGGCUCAGGUGUCGUUCUCUUUGGAUGGGUCUAUUUGCCGAGAAAGCCAAUCUGCUUCGUCUGAAUCUCCCAAGACCCGUCCCUCCACGGCUCCUGCUUCUGGUGCUGCUGCUGCUGCGUCUGCGGUUGCUUCUGCUGCCUCUUCUACGCACCUCCCUCUCUCCGCCUCGCCCUCCGCCCCAGUUCCUGUUUCCCAACACACCUCCUCGUCAAGCCCUCGCCCCUCCACUGCCCCCUCCUCCUCCUCUCGCCCCACCACCCCUUCCUCCCGCCCCACCACCCCUUCCUCCCGCCCCACCACCCCCUCCUCCCGUCCCACCACCCCUCCCCUGAGAACCUCUCUACCUUUCCUGCUAGGCACCUCCUCUCGCCCCACCACGCCUCCCAUGCUAGGCUCUUCCUCCAGUGUCUCCUCUUCAUCUCACCUGUCUAACCGCCCAUCCGACGCCGUCACAUGUGAGUGCCGCACGGGGCUGGGGUUGCGGAGAGACAGGCUCAGGAACGUCGAGGCGGAAUUCGCUGAGUCGGAGCAUUGGAGGGGCGCUGAGGGUGCUGCAGAGAGGAAUGAGCGAGCAGGAGAGGGGGCGGCAUAG